UCCUCCUCCUUUUCCUUCCUGAGAUGAGACGAGAUGAGAAACAUAUCAGAUCUGGAGGCACCUCUCGUCCCCUACCCGUGGGUGCGAACCCUAGCCCUCCACGCCGUCCGGCCGGCCGGCCGGAUCCUUGGUCUGCCGCCGGCGCCGGCCACGUCCGGUCCUCCCCCGGACGCCGUGCGUCCUUGCCUCACUCCCUCCCUCCCUCUGCUCUCCACGAACGCGCCGGCCCUUUCGUCCAUCCAUCCUUGCAACUGGCCACGCGCCGCAUCUCUUUCUCCGGCCGGCCUUGCCUCGCCUCGCCUCGCCUCGUUGAUUAUCAAAAUUUUAUGUUUCAAUCGAUCGUUUCAAGGCAGGAGGGUUGAUCCAUCCUCUCAUCCCCGCCCCGCCAUGCAGGCAGCCCCCGCGUUUGCCUGACGAGACGAGAGCAGUCCCACCGGCCGCUGACCGCUAGCAGCGCUGAUCUGCCGAACGCCGCCGACAGAUGCAGUCCUGCCGUUCAGAUCCGCUGGCCACCAACAGCCGGUAUUCUUGCCGGCCGGCGAGAGUCUCCUGCCCGGUGCACCGCUAGCUAGCAGGCAGCGGUCUCAGGCAGGCAUCUCUGCUGCUCUAGGUUAUGGAUCCGGUACCUGCUCGAUGUCUUUCUUGCAUGCGAAGACUGUGGACGGACGGACAAGACUGCGUGACGAUGACAGGAUUGGACACCACCUCGCUCGCGGUAGCAGUACGCACAUAUGGUGGGGUAUUACUACUACUACUAGUUACCCUAUGCAGAGAUGAGGGGAAAGGGAGCAGAGCAGAGGUGUAAUAUAUACAUGCUCUGCUCUGGAUCUACAUGCAUCUCCAUGGAUGCAUGCGAGCCCUACCGCCGUGCAACGCAACACCGGGGAAGAUCCAAUGUGAGGACUGGACUAUGGAAUGACUAUCAGUCGGAGCAAGAGUUAUAUAUAUAUGGCGUACGUGGCCUCCAUCUCAACCAGACACAUCCGCCCAUGAUUUAUGUUUUCAGUCCCUAGGGAUUGAAGGCCUUGUUGCAAGCAAGUGCAGAUAAAAAUGUAAUCAUGGAUGGAUGGGUGUCCCUUUUUCAUAGAGCUUGAAUCCAAAGCAAGUGGAGGCCACAACAUAUAACCCGUGAUCAGAGAGUCUAGUCCACUCUCGACUGGCCCUUCACUCCAUAUAUACAAGGGAUCGAUGGUUCCUCAUUAUCAUGACAAAGGAGGGUUAAUCGAUUCUCUCAUCUUCCAUGGACCGUGAACCGGCAGCCGUUCCAGCUUGUACAUGGUCGAUAGGUCAACAGCACCUAUCGAGGUGCAACACUUGUCCCUAGCCAUACAUGGUCGAGAUAUAAGCAUGUCGAUCCCUCGUAGAAACGUGCUCUUUCUGCAAUGCCGCCCGGGAUCCAAGUUGAGGAGUGCACUCUGAGCAUGAGUUAUGUCCAUCGGGACUCCACCUUCCCCAAAUGUUGUCUCCCAUUUCUGGAUUCAAGUCUGGUUCUGAAACAGCAAGUUGUGUGUGUGAGAGACACGUGUCAAUGGCGUUUUGUUCUCAUCUACAGCUGCUUGGAAAAAGACCUUCAAUCAAUCCCUAGAAACUAAAAUAUAAAAAGGAUCUAAAGAAGAGGAGGUUUUCUUACCAGACCUUGGUUAGCUACACAAUCUCUUUCUUACCCUUUUGGGUGGUCACAUGGAAGCUCUCUAAUAGAUCACUUAAGACAAAUGGAAUUAACUACAACACAUGAUUUAGGGGUCAAGAUAAGCAACAUCGAUCCCUCGUACAAAUGUGCUCUUUCUGCAACGCCUGUGGGGCUCCAAGUUAAGGAAUGCACUCUGAGCAUGAGUUGUAUUUAUCACCGGACUCCAAGUUAAGGAAUGCACUCUGAGCAUGAGUUGUAUUUACCACCGGACUCUACCUGCCCCAAAUGUCGUCUCUCAUGUCUGGACUCGAACCAUCAUAUGAGACGUCAAGUUAUGUGUCGAGACAUCCGUUAAUGGAGCUACAUUCUCAUCUAUAGCUGCUUGCAAUGAGGCCUUCAAUCAAUCCCUAGAACUAAAAUAGAAAAAGUCAGGCUGUGGAUGAUGCAUUCUCUAGCAAACUGUAGUUCUAUUUUAGCCCACGUUUCCAUAGCCCAGGUGAGCCCAGCAAACCCACUCCAACCCAACUAAUUGGCCAGCCGGCCAACCCCAAUCCCCUCUUCCUCCCACUCGUGCCAACCCUAGCAGCAGGAGCAGCACCCGCCGUCGCCGCCCCGCUCCAGCCUCUCCCUAGAUAUCCAAAGGCACCGCCAGGCAAAGCAAGGAUGGCGAACCAGCCGCAGCCGCGCAGGCGCGCCCCUGUCCCCGUCGUCGUCCCCGCCCCCCUGCCCGCGCCGGCGCCGGCGCGUGUUAGGGAAAUUAUGUACGAGGACACCUUCCUGGCUUCUGAGACGGUGGAGCCCACUGGUCUAGACAUCCCAGAGAAAGCGCCACUUGCGGAAAAGACCGUCUGGAAGUGGAAUAGGGAGAUUGAUACAACUGGGAACGACAUGUGGGAUCUGGUGAAGCAGCAGUGCUUUAACAAGUCAAAUCUACUUGGUAAUAAGAGAAGGGAGGUGCUGCCUCUGCUUUCUGCAAGCAAGGCUAAAAGGAAGAAGAACCGCAGCCACGUCAACAAGCUCCGCAACGAGGUUGAUGGCUUGAAGGCACAGCUUGCGGCGAAGAUUGCCGACUUCAACCAAUUCGUUCCAGGUGGCUUGAAGGCACAGCUUGUGGCGAAGAUUGCCGACUUCAACCAAUUCGUUCCAGGUGGCUUGAAGGCACAGCUUGCGGCGAAGAUUGCCGACUUCAACCAAUUCGUUCCAGGUGGGUUUGAGAUGCCCAGGCAUUUCAAUGAGUUCCCCGCCCUGGAGGAUUAGGUGCGGAGAGUCAUCUGUCUUGUUGCCGGUUGCUGUAAUGAGUCAACGAACUUGCAGUUUUGUGCCAGGUCCACUUUUGCUCUUUAGUUGAGUGCUUCUCCGCCUUCUCUGGAUUUAUCUUAUGAACUGUAAUGAGUCAACGAACUUGCAGUUUUGUGCUAGGUCCACUUUUGCUCUUUAGUUGAGUGCUACUCCGCCUGCGCUGGAUGAACUGGAUGAAUGUGUCCAUUUUGAUGUGCGACCGCCACUGUGCUGGAUGAACUGGACAUACAGGGCAUAAACGAGUUGAUGCUUUUGCUCCCCUAAUGUUUAGCAAGUGUUUUUAGGCUGGCGUGUCACUUGAAUGGAAAAAGAUCAACCACAUUGUUUGGUUUUGACUUUGGUGGUUUUCA